CGUUACCGCCCUCUAGAGCAGGAGGACCUGAAGGCCGUGACACAUCUGAUGGAUAACGAAGAGCGAAACACAAGGAAUAAACAGCUUUCCUGGAUCUGGCAAGUCGAUGUGAGCGGUGAUUUAGCAAACUCAGAGUGGCUAAAAGAGAUACACCGCGUGAACUGGUUGCGUGCGAAGGCCAGACAUGACCGCUGGCGGGAGCAAUUAACGCUCGUUGUGGAGGAGAUGAAGCAGACCAUUCGAUCGUUCGAGUUCAAGGCGGACGAAUGGUCCCUAAGGUCAGGGAGCAGCUUUGGAGCCCAGUGCUAUGCGAGAAAACAAGAGGCAGUGUGGUCUGGCUUAGCCAAUAGGGCCAGAACCGCGUUC